UGCUGAUAAUUUCCUUCGGUCAACACCCAUAGGAAAGAUCCCAGGUGCAGUGUAUCUACAGUGUAAAAAAAGAACUCUCAGAUCUACACGAAAACAGACAACCAGCCACCCAAGUCUUUUUUCUGACCAAGGAAAAAAACAAAAACCACUCAAGUCUUUGUUGCGGUCACAUGAAACACGAGUUUACCUUAUCCUAAAUAACCCAGGUAACUGUUCUUUCUUGCUCCGAUUGCAGUUCUUCGUGCAUCUUUUAUGAUUCAUAUGCAUACACAUAUGCACACAGACGUUUACAAGAACAUGGGAUUGCCUUUGUGUCAAUCUCUCUAGAGAAAGAGGUUCCGACUCUUUUUCGUAAGAAAAAGAAAACACCCAAGUCCCUAAAAUUGGACAUAUAUAGGUAGCUGUGUGUUGUAUGGUCUGUGAGAAUCUUGGACCCUAAAGAAAUUGUUGUUGUUGUUGUAGAUUUAGUAUUUGUUGAAUUGCUUGAGAGAGAUGGGGGAAAAGUUUUGGCUGAAUGAAGCGGACAAGGGUAUGGUGGAAUCCGUGUUGGGCAGUGAAGCCUUUGAAUUCUUGGUUGCUUCGGCCUCUGGCAAUGUGUUGUCGGAGUUUGCAUCGUCGGCCGGAGAUCUAGGUUUACAGAAAGGGCUUUCCAAGAUUGUUGAGGGCUCAAAUUGGAACUAUGCAAUUUUCUGGCAGGUUUCUAAGUCGAAAUCGGGAAAUUCGGCCUUGAUUUGGGGUGAUGGGUAUUGUAGAGAGGCGAAAGGGAGUGAGGUUGGGACUGGGAACGGGUCACAGGAUCGGAAGUAUGAGGGAGGAGAUAGGAAAAAGAGGGUGUUGCAGAAGCUUCAUGCCUGUUUUGGAGGGGUUGAGGAAGAUAAUUGUGCAUUGAAUUUGGAUUUGGUUUCAGAUGUGGAGAUGUUCUAUCUCACAUCUAUGUAUUACUCAUUCCCAUUUGAUAAGCCCUCUACACCUUCUCAGGCAUUCAAUACUGGUAGAGUGAUUUGGGCUUCAGAUACAAAAAAUUGUUCAGAACACUACCAAUCCAGAUCUUAUUUAGCAAAUUUGGCUCGAUUCGAGACAGUAGUUUUUGUCCCACUAAAAUCAGGAGUAGUGGAGAUUGGCUCAAUAAAAACGGUCCCUGAAGAACAGAAUUUGGUUCAAGUGGUUAAAACUGCAUUUGGGGGACCUCUGCCUUCACAGGGAAAACUGGUGCCAAAGAUAUUUGGGCAUGAACUUAGUCUUGGUGGCACAAAAUCGCGUGCCAUGACUAUAAGCUUCUCACCCAAAGUGGAAGAUGAUUCUGGGUUUGCAUCAGAAUCUUAUGAAUUGCAAGGUGUGGGCUCUAAUCAAGUUUAUGGGAACUCUUCAAAUGGGUGUCGAAGUGAUGAGGGUGAAGCAAAAUUGUUUCCACACAUGAAUUUGGGGGGUUUGGAACAAGGUCGCGAGGACUUGUUGAUUCAAUCUGAUGAGAGGAAACCUAGAAAGAGAGGGAGAAAGCCUGCCAAUGGGAGAGAGGAACCAUUGAAUCAUGUGGAAGCAGAGCGACAGAGGAGAGAGAAGCUCAACCAACGGUUUUAUGCAUUGCGAGCUGUUGUUCCUAAUAUCUCCAAAAUGGACAAGGCCUCUCUUCUUGGCGAUGCCAUUUCGUAUAUCAAUGAUCUUCAAGGAAAGAUAAGGAUUCUAGAAGCUGAAAAGGAUAUGGUUAACUAUAAGCAAAAGCAGGGCAGUGUCCCAGAAAUUGAUUUUCAAGCGAGGCACGACGAUGCAGUUGUACGAGUGAGUUGCCCAUUGGAUUCUCACCCGGUUUCAAGGGUUAUAAAGGCGUUCAGGGAGCAUCAAGUUAUAGCACAGGAGUCUAAAGUUUCCACAACAGAAGAAGGUGAGAUUGUUCAUACAUUCUCUAUCCGGGCUCAAGGUGGCACUGCUGAGCAUUUGAAGGAGAAGCUUGUUACUGCUCUUUCAAGGUGAGAUCUGGCUUUUGGUGUUGUAUUUCGAAGGUUAGUCUCUUGUUGCAUAUCGUGUCUCGCUGUUCAAGAAGUGGUCGUAUUUGCUCAAGUUAGGAUUGUGCAAUCCUUGUUGAAAACUGGGAACGUUUUGUUGUUGCUUAUCUGGUUUUAUUUGCUUCGAGUAUGUAUCCUCGAACUUACAAUUGUUGAAGCUACUUAAUAGUUAAAUUCAUCAGGAUAGUUCUGUUGA